AUGGCCGAGCCAGACAUCACCGAUUCCAGCCCCAAGAAAGGCUGGCGCUUUGUGGCCAUCUUCUCGGCUCUAUGUAUGGCUACAUUUUUGGCAGCUCUCGAUACAGCCAUCAUCGCGACCGCGCUGCCCACUAUCGCUGCAGCACUCAACUCGGAAGCUCUCUAUGUCUGGACAAUUACUUCCUACCUUCUCGCCUCGACGGCCGUCCAGCCGCUUUUCGGACAGACCGCUGACAUCUUCGGCCGGCGGGACCUCACACUUCUUUCCGUUGCUCUGUUUGCUCUUGGUAGUGGUAUCGCUGGUGGUGCGAAUAGCACCGCGAUGAUGAUAGGAGGACGAACCGUUCAGGGCAUUGGCGGAGGCGGCAUCAAUGUCAUGGUUGAGAUUGUGGUCUGUGAUCUUGUCUCACUCCGCGAACGAGGAAAGUAUGUUGGAAUAAUCGGCUCAAUGUGGGCAAUUGGAUCGGUCGUCGGUCCCAUUGUCGGCGGCGCUUUGUCUCAACAUACCACCUGGCGCUGGAUAUUCUACAUUAAUCUUCCCUUGUCGGGUGCCGCUCUCGCACUUUUGAUUCCAUUCCUACGUCUGAAUUAUCGCCGAGAAGGUACAAUAAUCGAUCGCUUGAAGCGAGUAGACUAUCUGGGCAAUACCAUUCUUAUCCUUGCCGUGAUAUCCGUUCUACUGGCUCUAACCUGGGGUGGAACUGUGCAUGCCUGGUCUUCAUGGCGCACGAUCGUCCCAUUGGUUUUAGGCUUGGCCGGUCUUGCUGGAUUCUUGGUUUAUGAAGCUUCUCCGGCUGUGAAGGAGGCCACCAUGCCGAUUUCUCUAUUCACGAAUCGCACGUCUGCCACGACAUACCUGUUGAGCUUCUUGCAUGGAAUAAUUCUGUACUGGGCGUGCUACUUCUUACCGGUCUAUUUUCAAGCUGUACUAGAGGCUUCGCCCACACGAUCAGGGAUCAUGCUCUUGCCAAUCGCAACAACAACCGCACCAUUUGGGGUGGCGGCUGGAGUUCUAAUCACCGUCACUGGCCACUAUCGCAUUUUCCAUUUCUUGGGCUUCGGUCUGAUGACCAUCGCAUGUGGACUCUUCAGUCUUCUUGAUGAGCAUUCGACCGCGGGCGACUGGAUUGGCUUCCAGAUUUUGUUUGGAGUUGGCGCCGGCUUUAUUUUUACCAGUUGUCUACCGGCUAUCCUCGCGGCCUUGCCCGAGUCUGAAGUGGCCAGGGCUACAGCGACGUGGACGUUCCUGCGAAGCUUCGGGUCUGUAUGGGGUACUGCUAUCCCUUCGGCGAUAUUCAAUUCACACGUAAACAAUCUCGUCGCCUCCAUUCCCGAUGCGGCUACCAGAGUACUCAUGGUUAACGGCGGAGCUUAUGAACAUGCUACUGUCACAUUCAUUCGCUCUUACAAUGGCUCGCCGCUCAAAAUGGAUAUCAUACGUGUUUAUGUGGACAGUUUGCGCUUAAUUUGGUAUGUGGCACUCCCAUUUGCAGGAAUCGGCUUCCCCUUGGCAUUUUUGAUCAAGGGACUGCAUCUCCGGGAUGAGCUAAACACAGAGUUUGGAAUGACGGAGAACAACGAGCGCGAUGAAAAGCAACCCGCAUCAAAAGCUUAG